AUGCGCAGUGAUUCAAACCUUGCAAUAUCCCAGAUAAAUGGAGAGUUUGAUGCAAAAGAUCCCAAAAUGGCAGCGUAUCGAAACGCCGUAUUAAAAAUAUCGGCUCGGUUUGAGGGGCUCGAGUUUCAUAACGUUGCUCGAGACAGUAACCAGACAGCAGACAUCCUUGCUCGAAUGGGCGCCAAGCGCGAUCCCGUCCCACCUAAUACCUUUGUGGAAAGGCUCUUUAAGCCAUCCGUGGUGUGGCAGGACGAGAGCGGAAAUAUUAGUCUGGACCUGAUCACUCCCCCAGCAGCCGAACAUAAUACAUAUAUCAUCGGGGGUUCGGGUACCGAAAUAACACCCUCCGCCCAUGAAAUCAUGGCCGUUAUUGAUCCAUGGACCAAACCCUUCCUGGCCUACCUUAAUAGACAGGAGCUUCCUAAUGAUCAAAAUGAGGCCCGUUACAUAGUUUGA